GUGUGUGUUAACAAAUCAGUGAGGAGUGGCUCCCUAACUGCUCACUGAGUAUUUCAGUGUCCUGACUUGUGAGACUCUUCUUUCCUCUGACUCUCGUCACUGCCGCAUCAAAAAUUCAAAUGAGCGACUGAAAUUUUCAGCUAAACAGGCCACCAGUACGGGUCCAACCAUGGAGUCGGUCCGUGGAUUGUUUUGUAUUUUUGUAAUCUCGUCCUACUUCAUCUUUGGUCACGGACAAAAAAUUGUAUGCACGCAGGAAGCCAAGGCUGAUAUCGUGUUUUUAGUGGACGGUUCCGCCAGCAUCGGUCUGAAGAACUUCCAACAGAUUCGUGAAUUUCUCAUGUCUGUCGUGAACAACUUUGACAUCGCCCCCAAUAAGGUCAGGGUCGGCAUGGUGCAGUUUAGCGACACGCCAAGGACCGAGUUUUUCCUCAACAGCUUUGAGGAAAAGAAGGAGAUUCUCGACUACAUUAAGCGCUUGUCAUAUAAAACCGGGGGCACCAACACGGGCCAGGCCUUGCAGUUCUUGCUGAAAAACCACUUUAUUGAGCAAGCAGGGAGUCGGGCAAACCAGAUGGUGCCUCAGAUCGCGUUUGUCAUCACGGACGGAAACUCUCAGGACGAGGUCGAGCCGUUCGCUCAGGAACUGAGGCAGAAAGGAGUCAAUGUAUAUGCCAUUGGAAUCAAAGAAGCAGACGAAAAAUUCCUGAAGAAGCUCGCCAGUCAGCCUUAUGAAAAUCACGUGUACAGCGUGUCCGACUUCACUGCUCUCCAAGAAAUCUCGAUGAGUGUCAGUCGCGAGCUGUGCAUAACCGUAGAAGAGGGGCAAGGAGAGCGUCAAGAAUGCAGCGAGAUUAAGGCAGCAGACAUCGUUUUCCUUGUGGAUUCGUCCGACACCAUCGGAGACACCAGAUUUGGAGAGAUCCGCGAUUUUCUACAUGCCUUUGUAGAAGGACUUGAGGUUGGACAACAAAAGGUGAGGGUUGGCCUUGCUCAGUUUAAUGACAGACCUUAUGAGGAAUUCUUGUUUGGUGCAAAGGAAGCCACAAAAGAAAAUCUGCUCGGGACGCUGCAGAGCAUCACUUAUCUGAAAGGUGGGCCAAAAAGAACGGGGCUCGCUCUGGACUUCAUUCGGAACAACUACUUCAGCCAAGCUAGACAAAGCGUUUCUAAGAUUGCCAUCGUGAUUACGGACGGGGAGUCGAGCGACGCAGUGCAGGAGCCUGCGCAGGAGCUCCGAAAGCAGGGCGUAGUCGUCUUCGUGAUCGAGACUGGAAGAGCAAAUAAUGCGCGGCUCCAAGCCAUUGCCAACAGUCCCCAGAAUGAAUUCCUGUUUAGCAUGGACGAUUACCCAAGUGUACCUGGUCUGAUUGAGAACCUACACCGGAGAGUGUGUAUCGCUGUUGAUGACCAAUUACGAGCUUCUUCCCUCAAGUUUGCAGAUGUCUUUUUCCUGGUGGAUAGUACAGCAUCAAGACCAGAGUCCCAACAGAUCAGAACCUUCUUGACACGGCUGGUCAACCAACUCGGGGUAGACAAGAACGGUAACCACGUCGGCUUGGCGCAGUUCAGCGGCAACGUCGAAGAGGAAUUUCUGCUCAAUACCAACAUGAGCAAAAAUGAAAUCUUGGCAGCCAUACGCACUCUUCGACUUAAGCCCAAAGGGGUGCGCCAAACUGGAAAGGCAAUCGAGUAUGCACGCAAAAACUUCUUCAAUACUUCAACUGGUAGUCGCAUAGCACAAGGCUUCAAACAGGUCCUGCUCGUGACGACCGUGGGGAAAUCGAACGACAGUGCCGUUCGGCCAUCGCGAACGAUUAAAAAGGACGGAGUACGAGUGAUCUCUGUCGGUUUGGGCAAAGCCGAAAUGGACGAGCUGGACGAUAUUUCUAGUCCGAAUCAGACGCAUAAAUUGACGCCACAAAGCAGUCUGCAGGUGGUCCAGAAAGUUAAGUCUGCAAUUGACUCACAAGGCACGAGUGUCUCCCAAGAGUGCAAGUCCGCCAACAUAGCAGACAUCGUCUUUAUCGUCGACAAAUCUGGGAACAUGGGAGCUGAAAACUUUCAGCUUGUACGCAACUUCCUCCUAAACACCAUUUCAGGACUCGACGUAGGCAUCCACAAAGUGAGGAUCGCCAUUGUUCACUACAGCGACGUUCCCAGGGCUGACGUCGAUCUGAACACCUUCAGCGACAAGAGUGAAAUUUUGCAUUACGUUCAAAGUCUUUCCUACGGCAGAGGCAAAGCGUAUACGGGAGCAGCGCUACGGUUUGCCAAGGACCACGUGUUUACCAAGCAACGAGGCAGCCGAAGUGACGAACACGUUCAGCAGAUUGCGGUUGUCAUCACAGACGGAUGGUCCGCAGACGACGUCACCACUCCGGCAGCGGAGCUGCGUCGCUCGGGAGUUACCGUUUUUGCUCUAGGCAUCAAAAAUGUCAACGUACAAGAAUUGAAUGAGAUUGCGUCGUACCCGCCCAGAAAGUUUGUGCUUAACGUCGAGAGUUUUGUUAAGCUAAACGCGUUGUCGAGUAUGUUGACAAAAAGCCUUUGUGGAGACAUCACCUCUACCUUCAUACCUAUAUUCAAAGAUAUUUCUCUUCAGAAAGGCUGCAAGUUCACGGCGGAAGCAGACAUCUACUUCCUCCUCGAUGAAUCAGGAAGCAUUAGUUAUGAAGACUUCGAUGAAAUGAAAGCUUUUAUUCUGGAGUUCCUUCACUUGUUUGAGAUCGGACCUGACAGGGUGCGCAUCGGAGUGGUGAAAUUUGCGAGCCAUGCAAAAAUGGUCUUCCGUCUGGACACUUACAACACAAAGUCAGAUGUGGAAAAGGCAGUGAAAGCCCUAAUAAUGGAUGGAGGUGGUACUAGAAUUGACUUAGGACUAGAAGCGAUGAUCCCACUCUUUAAGCGGGCGUCACAAACGCGCAAGGAAAAGGUUCGCGAAAUACUCAUUAUGAUUACGGAUGGCAAAUCUGAGCAAGUCGGAACCCCGGUGAAUAUUCCAGCCGAAGAACUGAGGAAGCAGAACAUCACAAUCUAUGCUAUCGGGGUGAAAGACGCAGACAUGGCCGAGCUGAUAGAUGUCUCCGGAAGCCCUAAAAGGACAUUUUAUGUCCAAAACUAUGAUGCCCUGAAGCUAAUCAAAACCAAAGUCCUUAAAGAAAUUUGUUCGUUCGAAGCUUGUGAAGAUCUAUCGGCGGACGUCGUCUUUCUGAUCGACGGAGGAGAUGCUGUCGAUGAGCUGGAUUUUAAUAAGACAAAGGAGCUAAUAGAAUUUGCUGUAGAAAAACUUCCCGUUAAAGAGGACAGAGUGCGAUUUUCCGUCGUUCAAUACAGCACAAAUACAAUUGUGGAAUUCGCCUCAAACGCCUUCCACGAUAAAGAAUCCUUAUUUAAGGAAAUUGCGUCCAUCCGGCAGCUUAAAGGCAAAACCUACACAGGCAAGGCAAUACAAGAGGUUUUAACGAUGUUCCAGGAGUCCGGCAGUAGACGUGCUAAUACUUUGCAGUUCCUAAUACUCGUUACGGAUAGCGUGUCCAAAGAUGAUGUAAUACAGCCUUCUAGGGCUCUUAGAGAGCAGAACAUCAACAUUUAUGCUAUAGGUUUAGGGCAUGCUAGUAAAUCACAGUUGCUCGAUAUUUCCGGAUCUUAUGAAAGAGCCUACCUGGACAGCAACUUUGCUUCCCUACAGACUUUGGGUAGUGAAGUCAUCUUCAAGAUUUGCAAUACUGAGUGCAAAAGACCUGAAUUGAUCGACGUGAUCUUUCUGGUGGACGGCUCUAACAGUGACGACAGCGCAAAUUUUCAGCUGAAGAAAAGAUUAAUGGGAGCAGUGGUGAAAAAGGCAGACGUCGGGGAGAAAAGAGUCCGCUUUGGAGCAAUCGUUUAUUCUGACCAGCCUAAAUCUGAGUUCACUCUAAAUCAGUACAUCAGCAAGGACAAGGUUCUGGAAGCAAUCUCUGGGCUGCACGCUCCUGGAGGAAAGAGAAACACAGCCCAGGCUCUGAAAUCUGCGCUCUCCUAUUUUGCGGCGGCGUAUGGAGGAAGGCGUUCUAAGCACGUUCCUCAGGUCCUGUGCUUAAUAACAGACGGCCCGGUCGCAGACGUCGCCGGCCUCGCAGGAUGGCCAGAUGAUCUUUCGGGUUCCGAGGUCAACAUGUUUGCAAUUGGGACAGCAGGAGCCAGUGAGGCUGAGCUCACAAGAAUUACAGGAAAUAACGAAAGGGCCUUCUAUGUGGACAACUAUGAGGCUUUUAAAACGUUGUAUAAACCAAUUACUCAGCAACUUUGCAAUCUGACAAAGCCAGUGUGUGAGAAGGAAUCGGCAGAUCUGGUCAUUUUGAUCGACGGGUCUGAAUCGAUUUCUGAAGAGAACUGGAAUGUUGUCAAGGGUUCAGCGAUCAACAUUGUUAAGAAGCUUGAAAUUGCACCGGACAAAUGGCGAGUUAGCGUUGCUCAGUUUAGUGACAAAGUACUGAAUCACUUCUACCUGGACAAAUAUCACAAUCUAGCAGGAGUAGAACAAGGCAUACAUGAGAUUUCCCAAAGGAAACAGGGUACAAACACCUGGGAAGCGCUGAAAGAAAUAGGAGAUUACUUCACGCCAGAGCACGGAAGCAGGAUAAAGCAAGGGGUGUCACAGAACUUGUUGCUAAUCACAGAUGGCAAAGCUAAUGACAAAGAGGAUACAACUACACUUGCUAAUCUUGGAGCAAAGAACAUUGAGGUAUUUGCGAUUGGGAUCGGCCAUGAUAUAAAUCACCAUGAGCUCAUCAAAAUCGCUGGGUCCUCACAGCGGGUUUUCUAUGAGACCUUUGAGAGUCUUCCGCUGAAGAUAACCGCAAACAAAGUUUUAGAAGCCAUUUGCACACCUGAUUCCAUACCAGAUCCAGAGGGAUGCUCUAUUGACAUUGCCAUUGGGUUUGAUGCAUCACACCAAACAAGUUCGCAGUCUUUACUGGGACCACAGACAGAGUCCAUCGUCGCUGCAGCUAUUCACCGCUUGUCCAUGGUUCGUGGGCUUUGCUGCAUUGCUGCUGACAAAAUGGAAACCAACUUUGGCUUCCGUCUUGUCUCUGGCAAAGAUGGGAACGUUAUGGAUGAUUUUAACUUUGAAAAGUACGACCCAAACGUCGUCAACAAGGUGCUCCAAAUACGACCUUCGACAACGACGGCAUUUAACGCGCAACUUCUGAACUCCUUCAGACUAAAAUUGGAGAGCUCACGGGCUGGAGUGAAGGUUGUUAUCCUAUUCACAGACGGAUACGAUGAUUCCAAAGAACGUCUCAAGGCGAGUGCGGAGAGACUCCGGCAAAGUGGGGUUAACGCACUGAUAAUCGUGGCUCUGAAAGACGGUGUGGACCACCAAGAGCUGGAAUUUGGACGAGGUUUCAGCUAUAAGAAGCCCCUUUCUAUCAACAUGCUAAAUGUGGGCAACGCCCUGCUGGAACAACUUGAGUCAGUGGCAUCAAGAGAGUGUUGCAAUGUGUGUAUGUGUAAUGGUGAUUUUGGCACCCUGGGUGUUGUUGGGCCCCCGGGACUAAAGGGUGGGAAAGGACAAUUGGGGCAUCCUGGAUUACCUGGUGAUGACGGAAGCCCGGGUGAAAGGGGUCAGCCGGGUCUGAACGGAACUCAAGGUCACCAAGGCUGCCAUGGCAAAAGAGGCGAGAAGGGCUCGAUAGGAUACACUGGGAAUCGAGGUGAAUAUGGAGAUUUUGGUCUCACUGGAGUGGAUGGUGAACAGGGUGAAACUGGGGCAACCGGAGAGGCAGGACCAAAGGGAGAUCCAGGACGCCCAGGUGUGAAGGGAAUUAGAGGAGGUUCUGGUCCGAAGGGAGAACGUGGUGUGACAGGAGAUCCUGGAACGCCAGGACAGGACAGCAACCUACGAGGUCCAAAGGGUGAGCCGGGAUACGUCGGCCGUCCUGGUGAUCAAGGCCCAGACGGUCGUCCAGGUGUCGCAGGCGAGCGUGGACAGGCUGGUUCUCUGGGGAGGAAGGGACCACCAGGGACACAGGGGCUUUCCUCCACUGAACAAGGAAAGCCAGGACCAGUGGGUCCCGCUGGACAUCCUGGAUCGUGGGGUCCUCCUGGGAGAAAUGGAGCCAAAGGAGAGAAAGGUGAUCAAGGACUACCUGGAGUUCAGGGACUGUACGGUGCAGUGGGGGAUAAAGGAGCCAAAGGAAACCCAGGACGCAGAGGGCCUCGGGGUCAGCUCGGCGACGUGGGCAGUAAAGGGGACACUGGACCGGAGGGUGUCACAGGUCCAGCGGGAAACGUUGGAGCAGAUGGUUACGGGCCUCCGGGACUUAAAGGACAAAAAGGAAAUCCUGGUUUUCCUGGUUAUCCGGGUUUGCCGGGUGAGGACGGAACUAAAGGAGCCACUGGAGAGAGAGGACCCAAAGGACAAAGAGGACAGCUGGGAAACAGAGGAAAUCGGGGGCCUCCUGGAGAUCCUGGAGAUAAAGGGUUUGUCGGACACCAGGGUCCUAAAGGCUCAGCAGGAACCAGCGUGAAAACUGAAUGUGAAUUAGUGAAUUACGUGCGUGAGAACUGCGCUUGCUGUGGAGGUCGUGCUCAGUGUCCUGGUUACCCUACAGAGCUAGUCAUUGCUCUUGAUAUGUCCUCUGAUGUAACCACCAAGGCGUUUGACGAGAUGCGUUCCGCAGCCGUGUCGCUGCUAGAGGACAUCGCUAUCGCGGAGACAAACUGUCCAGUAGGAGCUCGAGUUUCCGUUGUUUCCUACAACAGUCAAACCGGUUACCUGAUUCGUUUCUCAGACCACAAGCGAAAGAGUCAGCUACUGGAGGCAGUCAAGGGAAUCUCUCUGCAAAGGAGCAGGAGUCGCCGUGAUAUCGGUCAGGCCUUGCACUUCAUCGCCAAUAAUGUCUUCAAACGUGUCCGAAAUGGCAAACUGGUCAGGAAGGUGGCCGUUGUCCUGGUAAAUGGGGAAUCGCAGGACGUCCAGGCCAUCAACACAGGCAUGCUGAAGCUCAAGGCUUCAGGUAUCGAUCUGGGAGUAAUCACCUUCAAAGACGAUCCAAACAUUCGUCGUGCCAUCCAGGCAGAUGAAACAGGAAGCUUCAAGGUUUUUACCAGUGACGAAGGCAGACGGAUUAAAGAAUGCGUCAUCUGUUACGAUUACUGUAAACCAGAACAGAGGUGUGGCAUCAACCGAAAUCCUGAGCCUGAGAAGGUGGAUGUGGACCUAACUAUAAUGAUGGACUCCUCUUAUGAUAUUCAGGCUGAUCAAUACUCUGAUGUGAAGGAGUUUUUGGUUUCUGUGCUGGACAUAAUAGACGUAAGCGAUGAGCCCACCACAGAGGAUGGGAAGGCCAGGAUCGGUGUGUACCAGCAGAGCUCCACCUACCCUAACUACCACAUCAAGGAAGUACUCGGACUCGGCGCGCUCAGAGACCGUGCCGUGAUCGAGAGACGCAUUUCUGAAGACAUGCUGCAAGCCGGUGGCUCGCCUCGUCUGGAUUUGGCUCUCGAAUGGAUGGUAAACAAUGUUCUCCUGGAGGCCCAGGCACCGAGGAAGAAGAGAAUGGUCCUGAACGUCAUCAGUAAAGAAUCAGAGCGUUUCACAGACAAAGACACGCAGAAAUACGUCUCCAUGCUGGCUCAGUGUAACGAUAUUGUGAUGGUCACGCUGACGGUGGGAGAAAAGUUCAGCUGGAGUCAAGUAGAAGGUCUCAGCACACCACCAAUGGUGCAACACCAUAUUCCCCUGGGACAGCUGGGUCUGAGGGACCGGCAGUAUGCUCAGAAAUAUCUACGAGCCUUCCUACGCAUGCUCACCAGGGAUUUCUUCCCGAAACCUUCGUCUCUAAACGACGAGUGCAGCACUUUUGUUUCUAAGCAGAUUAAACACGUGACUGGUGUCCCUCCAACAAAACAACAUGAAGUUUUCACCCCGGCUGAGGAGUUCACUACCGAAGCCGUAACCGAGACCUACACUGAAGCGAGCACAGACGUCUAUCAGGAAGUUACGGCACCACCUCCACAAGUGUUUACAGAAAUCUACACAGAAACCUACACAGAUGUAUAUACCGAGAGGUACACAGAAAUGUAUACAGAACAUCCCGAAAUCCAAACAGAGAUAGUCAUGGUAUAUCCGACAGAGACGUAUACCGAGGUGUUCACGGAUGUGUACGAGGACGUUUACCAGAACGAGUACCGGGACCAGCCUGCGCACGAAAACACUGGAGUAGACGGAAAAGUGUCAAUGGCGAACAGCGAGAAAGCAGAGAAGGAUGUCAGAGAGGACACCAGGCACCAACCUGGGCCUGACACGUCAAAGGGCCGGUGUUCAUUGGACAUGGACAUGGGGAGGGUGUGUUCGAGCUACGAGUCCCGCUGGUACUACGACCGCAAUGCUCAUGAAUGCAAGCACUUCUGGUACGGCGGUUGUGACGGGAACGGCAAUCGCUUCAUGACGAAAACUGAGUGCGAGGAGACAUGCGGGGGAUCAAGUGUUCUUCUCAACGAUGAACCUUCAAAAGUGGAAGAUGUUUGCCAGCUCGCUCAGGACAUGGGCACGUGCAUUAACUUCAUGCUGAAGUGGCACUACGAGGCAUCUCAGAAAGAGUGCAGCCGCUUCUGGUACGGAGGCUGCGGGGGCAACAGGAACAGGUUCGAUACACAGGAGGAAUGCGAAGCUCGCUGUCUGAGAGCCGAGAAGAAGCUCUGAACACGCCAGAAACAUCCGCCGGGGUUAAUUUAAUUGUGUCGCUUUGUUGAGACGUUGUUUUAAAAUGAUUUGUACUUUUACAUGUUUUCUGAUGAACAGAACAGUAGUUUUCAUUACUGUCUCUACAAACAGAUUAAUGUUAUUAAUCAAAUAUCAGAAUUCAGACUGAGAUGCAAUCCGAUUGGUUACAUAGACAGGAAAAAAUAUAUAUAUAUAUUAACUGCAUAUAGCAAGAUGUGAUUUAUCGGGACCCUGAAUGAACAAAAAUGUGUCCUUGUAAAAAAAUUAUGAUAGUUUGGUGUGUAUAAAAAUUUUAUUCCACAAAUCUUGACUCA